UUCUCUGAAACGGUUUUUUCGUUUCGUUGAGCAAAUUGGUAUUUCUCUCUUUUACCGCCAUUGAUGAAGAAGCUCACCUAUGCAUCUAUCCAUAUCUAUAUGUGUAUCUAUAUACUGCUGUAGCGUGGAAGGUUGGCUAUUCUUUUCCCUUUUCUCUAUUCCCGCACUGCAAUCGAAGGAGGCGCGUCUUCAGAGGUGGUAUUAUCAUGUAUCGACGCUGUGGCCUGGAUGGGUGGAGGAAUUGGUGUUUUGAUGGCGAGUUUCAGAAUUUGGGUUGGGGCUAGGGUUGGGUGUGGAGAAAAUUAGGGUUUUUCUGUGACGUACAGUGCAUUAUCCGUUAUUUUGGGGAUAAUUGCUGUGUAUGUUGUUAGGGAUUAGUUUUUGAGGGUUCCUUAAUAGUUGUAUAACUAGGAGGUGGUGAGUAUACCUAUUAAAGGGAUACUUGAGGGAUGGAUGACGUUCAGCAGCAAUUGCAGCAGAAACCCGAGAGCACGAGGAGCGAUGCUCGGUCUGAUUUCGAGAGGGGGUUCGAGGAAUUGAUGUGCGGCCAUUACGACGAGUGCAUGUCAUUUGCCUCCUGCAGUUCGCCGAGGACAACAACUACAGAGGAUGAGGAAGAUGAGGGGGAACAGCUUGUUAGGAGGAGGAGGAGGUCGGAUCUUGACGAUGGUGAUGACUUAGCAGAAUCAUCCGCUGCCAGAAGGCGCCACUCGAGGAUUUUGAGCAGGUGGGCGGCCCGACAGGCAGAAGAGAUGAUUACUACAAUUGAGAGACGGAAUCGUGAGUCAGAGUUGAUGGCGCUUGCAGGGUUGCACACAGUUUCAAUGCUGGAUUCGUCAUUCUUGAGAGAGUCGCAGUCGCCGACCUCAAGGCGUCAGGGGAAUGUACAAAGGCUCAGCACGCGAGCAUCGUCUAUUUUUCAGAUGUGGCGCGAGUUGGAGGAAGAACAUGCAAUAAGCCGUGCUCGUGGGAGGGUGAGGGACAGAUUAAGGCAGCAGCAGCAGAGGACUGUGGAUUCUAAUACAAAUCAAUCCAUAAACAUGUCGGAAACCAGGGAGGGUGAGAAUCAGAGUAGCCUCGGGGAUGCUACCGAGAGUGAGAAUGAUUAUUCAACUUGGUCUCAUGAUCAGCUCGGGCCUCAGCAUGGAAAUAUGGAUCGUGAAAAUUCUAGCCGCGAGCAAUCUCCGGAUCUUGGAGAAGUGGAGAGGGAGAGGGUUAGGCAAAUUGUUCGAGGAUGGAUGGAGAGUGGUAUUCGGGACACUUCCUCUAAUGUUAUGCAGAGGAAUGAUAGUCCGAGAUCUGAGUGGCUGGGUGAGACUGAGCGCGAGAGGGUAAGGAUUGUGAGAGAGUGGAUGCAAAUGACAAGUCAGCAAAGGAGUUCUCGAGGUGGGCGUAGGGAUGAGCCUCAAGUUGCUCGGUCCCAUGAAGGGUCUGAUGCCAAUCACGAAGAAACUCAGCCUGAGCAUAUUCGAAGGGACAUGUUGAGACUACGGGGAAGACAGGCUUUGGUUGAUUUGCUUGUGAGAGUGGAAAGGGAAAGACAAGGGGAACUUCAGGGUUUGUUGGAGUAUCGUGCUGUUUCUGAUUUUGCACAUCGCAAUCGUAUCCAGUCACUGCUUAGAGGUAGAUUUUUGAGAAAUGAAAGGCCCGAUGAGGAAGAGAGACCUCCAUCCAUGGCUGCUAGUGAACUAAAUCAAUUAAGACAACGACAUACGGUCUCCGGCUUGAGGGAAGGUUUUCGAUCCCGGUUGGAAAACAUUAUGCGAGGCCAAGUAAGCAGCCAUCUUGAAAAUUCCUCUAACAAUAGCAACAGCGAUUUCGGAUAUGAUCAGAGUACUGCAACUGCUUCUCCGGAAGAUCAAGAUGAGAAUCAGGAUAUUAACAAUAAUCAAUUACUAGAUCAUGUUGGAAACACAGAUGGCAGCCGACUUAUUGAAAAUCAACAUGCUCCUAGGGAUCAAGAAAGUGAUCGCCAGGGACAGGUAUCAGGAGUUGAGGACACUUCUCUGAGCGGGCAGGAAAGCACAAUAUCUGAGUGGCCCUCAGAAAAUAUGGCAACAGAAAACCAAGAGCAAGAUCUCGGGUCUCGAGAAGCUGUUGAAAAUUGGUCAGAAGGGCCUUCAGACCCUCCAAGAAUGCUAAGGUCUAUCCCAUCAAGAAGAGUUUCAAGGUUCCACCCUCCUGAUGAUGAUAAUGUGUACAGCAUGGAACUCAGGGAACUACUAAGCAGGAGGAGUGUCUCGAAUCUUCUUCACAGUGGUUUCCGUGCAAGUCUGGAUCAGUUGAUUCAGUCCUAUGUAGACCGGCAAGGCCGGGCACCAAUUGAUUGGGAUCUCCAUAGGAACUUGCCUCUUCCACCAUCACCCGAGAGGGAUUCGGAUCAACAGAACGAUGAGCAAAAUGAGGAUCAGCCUAAUGGUAUUGGUAGACCUUCACUGGUGUUGCCGACUCCUCCUGUACCUCCAUCACAACCUCUUUGGCACCAGGAUCUGCAUCACUCGCCUUGGCCACGUCAUACUGUGAAUCGUUCUGAACUUGAAUGGGAGAUGAUCAAUGAUCUAAGAGCAGAUGUGGCGAAACUCCAGCAAGGUAUGAAUCACAUGCAAAGGAUGUUAGAAGCUUGCAUGGACAUGCAACUGGAGCUCCAGCGCUCUGUUCGGCAGGAGGUCUCGGCUGCUCUCAAUCGGUCUGCCACUGGGCAAGUGGCGGACAUAUCCGAGGAUGGAUCUAAAUGGAUUCACGUACGAAAAGGUACCUGCUGUGUCUGUUGUGAUAGCCACAUCGAUGCCCUAUUGUACAGAUGUGGGCACAUGUGCACAUGCUCUAAAUGUGCGAACGAGUUGGUUCGAGGGGGAGGGAAAUGUCCACUGUGCCGGGCGCCCAUUGUUGAGGUGAUUAGAGCUUAUUCGAUACUAUAAAACGAGGAAGAGAAAUGGUAAGAAGGGCGCAUAAAGUUGGGGAGGCUGACGGUUGAGCUUUGGGAUAUUAUAGCAAAAUACAACAGAUUCUUUAUCUAUCUUCUUCCCUCACUCUCACUGUCACUGUCACUGAUAAAAAAUAAAUCACAAGUUUUCUUCUCUCUCUUCUUUCCUUUUCUCUUCUCCUCGUCACUUCUCUUUCUAUUUUCUCUCUCUUCCUCUCGUUAGUCUUCUUUUUUCUUCUUCACUGUAACUUAAUCUUUUAAGACACUGUGAAUGAUUUGAUGAUUUAGAAAAUAAAAAUCGAUUUGAGCUUUGAUGUGUCA